GGCGUCUUUCGCCUGGAUCUUACUCUGUGCGCUCGCGCGACUAAUCACCGAGUUUGGCCGUGCGGUCGGGAGAAAACACGCAAAUGGGAAGAAAAGAAGUCGGUAUGCUUCUCGCGGAGAGUCCAACAGGAGCCGUGAGGUUUCGGGCUCCAAAGACCAUUAUUGCUGGAUCCGAAUUAUGUCGCGAACAACUUGAUGAACUUUGGCUCCGAGCCCGACACGAAGGAAAACCCGAAACGGAGAUCAAGGCACGCUUGACCCUGAGUCAGAUAUUAUGACGAAACUUCAUCAGCCAAGGCAGCUUUGAAUAUCGACAGAGCCUUGGCUGGGGUUUGGACACAAU